UGUCAUUGCAUGAUGGGGCCUUGAUUUUUAUAGCAUCGGUGACGCUAUCAUUCUGCGAAUCUCUUAUGGAUGUCAACGAUCCCUUCGUCGAUCUUGCGGAUCAAUUAUCGCGGUCCACCGAUACUGGUGCCUUCAUGGUUGAUGCCAUGCCAUGGUUUAGGAAUGGUUUCCUGGUGCUGGGUCCAAGUGCUUGGCCCGUGAAUGGAACCAAACCCUCCAAGAGAUGGUUGACGCACCAUACAAAUCCGUCAAGGAUCAGAUAGCUGUCAGAGUUGCCCCAGUGGACGUCUUUCACCUCAAAUUUGUUGAGAAUCCGUAUUUUGUCUGCCGAAGAGACGGUCCGCUCAAGCCCUGUGGCGCCGACACCGUGACGACAGUUUCUACGAUCUACUCGCUUUUCCUAGCGAUGACACUGUUCCCUGAUGUGCAGAAGAAGGCUCAGGCUGAGAUAGAUGCGGUUGUUGGCACUGACCGUCUUCCCUCCUUCGCAGACCGCGAGUCCCUUCCAUAUAUCGAAGCCCUUGUGAAGAAAUCCCUGCGCUGGAAUGUUUUUGUCCCUAUAGGUAUGCGUUUAUCGUAUUUUUGUUGUCUAAAUCUGUCAUGCAUCCCGAUAUCGCAUUGACAUAUCUUGUUUCAUCUUUUUGAAUCAAGGCUACUCGUGCAUAUGGCCUCGGUCUAUGUAUAGUAUACACAUCUGGCACCUCACUGGUACUCCCUGCCAAACAACAAGGAGUAGGUUCGCGUACUUGAGAUGUCCCACCGACGUCCGACACCUUUACGCGUAGCAACCGCCCUCGACUGACUGUUGUC